AUGAAACCUGCAUGGCUAGAAGGGCUCACGGCUGAGACAUUCUUUGCUGGUUGUGGGGUCCAUGAGAAUCGAAGGAAGAAUGAGAAGAACAUCUUCUGCUUAGAUUGUUGUCAAAGCUUUUGCCCUCACUGUCUUCCUUCUCAUCAUUCUCAUCACUUCCUUCAGGUGAGACGAUAUGUCUACCAAAAUGUUGUUAGAUUGGACGACCUCGAGAAGUUCAUACACUGUUCUUACAUCCAGCCAUACACUAUAAACAGUGCCAAAGUUAUAUUCUUGAAUAAGAGAGCAGCACAAUCUAAGUCUGGCAAGACUUCUGGCAAUGCUUGUUUCACCUGUGACAGAAUUCUUCAGGAGCCAUUUAACUUCUGUUCUCUUUCAUGCAAGGUUGAUUACAUGGUAUAUCAUGGGGAGGAUUUGUCAAGUAUCCUAUACAGGUCUGAGGAGUCUGAUUUUGCUGUGUCUCAAUUUGAGAGAUUACACGUGGAUGGCCCUGAACUUCUUGAUGAUGAUGGUCAAAUUACCCCAAACUCCAUCUGGGAGUUGGAGGACCCUUUAGAAUAUAGAGGCUCAACAUGCCCUUAUACAUCAUCCAUGGACAAUUCAGGGAUUUCAAUGGAACCAGAAGUGGUGAAAAAGAAGAAAAAGGGCAGUGGAUUUCUCCCUGGCAUUGAGCUCUCCUUGAGUAACAGGAGAAAGGGUGCUCCUCAUAGGUCUCCACUGUCUUGA